GGUGGCGGGGCGGUCAUGGCUUGGGGCUUAGUGUGUGGGGUGGAAGCUCUGCUGCUGCGGAGCGGCAGUUUCAUAUGGCAGAUCGUCGUGUGGAUGAUCCGGAGGUGUUACCUGCAAAGGAUGAGGUCAUGUCAGCAGUGCCUACAAACCUGCUUCUACCCGGGCCAUGUCUAUCAGAUGACCGAGGGACGACUCUGCCAGGUGCAGCUCCUGGACGACAGGAAGCUGGAGCUGUUGGUUCAGCCAAAGCUGUUAUCUCGUGAACUCUUGGAUUUGGUCUCAUCGCAUUUUAACCUUAAGGAGAAGGAAUACUUUGGGUUCACCUAUGUGGAUGACACUGGUCAGUGCAAAUGGUUGCAGCUGGACCGCAGAGUGCUGGAACAUGACUUCUCCAAGAAAUCAGGGCCUAUUGCUCUUCAGUUCCUGGUGAGGUUUUAUAUCGAGAGCAUUUCACUUCUAAAGGAACACACAACUGUGGAGUUAUUCUUUUUGAAUGCUAAAUCUGCCAUCUAUAACGGUGACAUUGAGGUGGAAAGUGAGCUGGUUUUUAAAUUAGCUGCUCAUGCACUGCAGGAAUCUAAAGGAGACUAUACAAGUGAUGAAAAUACCCGAGUAGAGCUGAAGAAGCUUCCAGCAUUGCCCACAAAAGUACUGAAGGAGCAUCCAUCUCUAGCAUACUGCGAGGAGCGUGUGAUUGAGCACUACAAGCUGUUGAAAGGGCUCUCCAGAGGGCAGGCCAUUGUGCAGUAUUUGUCCCUGGUGGAGUCACUGCCCACAUAUGGAGUGCAUUAUUAUGAAGUGAAGGAUAAGCAAGGUAUUCCAUGGUGGCUGGGCAUCAGCUAUAAAGGCAUAGGACAGUAUGACCACCAGGAUAAAGUAAAACCUCGAAAGCUCUUCCAGUGGAAGCAGUUGGAGAACCUGUACUUCAGAGAGAAGAAGUUUGCUGUGGAGGUGAAUGACCCUCACAGGCGAACGGUGACUAAACGCACUUUUGGCCAGACGGGGCUGGUGAUCCACACUUGGUAUGCCAGUCACUCAUUGAUCAAAACCAUCUGGAUCAUGGCCAUCAGUCAACACCAGUUCUACCUGAACAGAAAACAGAGCAAAGCAAAAAUCACCACAGCCCGAAGUUUAGGAGACAUUGCGACUGACCUGACAGAGAACGGAGCAUCAAAGAUGAACAAACUGAGUGCAGCAGUGAAAAAUCAGCUCAUCAUGGCCAGUAACGGGAGUCUUGUCUCAACAGGUUCGGCUGACUCAGAAAUGAAUGAUGACCAGAAAAAAGAGAAACUUGCCGAGUUGAGAAAGAAAGAGAGAGAGAUCCAGGAUGUACUUAGCCAAAAACUGAUGGAGCUGAAGGAAAUUUGCCUGCGAGAGGCUGAACUCACUGGCAAACUCCCAAAAGAGUAUCCCCUCAUCAAAGGCGAAACCCCUCCUCAUGUUCGGAGGAGAGUUGGGACGGCCUUCAAAUUGGAUGACCUUUUCCCAUAUAAUGAGGAUCCAUAUCUCAGAAAUUUGGAGAGCCGCUUUGCGCUGCAGCAGAAAAUUGUGGAAGCGGCCAAGAAGCUCGCUGCUGAUCCUGACAUCUCUAAAUUAGUGAGGAAAAAAAGGAGGAGGAACUGUCUAGACGCCAUGCAAAAGCUGCAGGAGAUCGAAGAUGAAAUGAACCAGUACAGACUGAAGAAAGGACAAAAACCCACACAGAGAGCUUCUGUGAUCAUAGCCGAUGAACUGGCUCAGUCUGAGUGCAGCUCCCUGUGUGAUAGUCUUCCUCUAGAUGAUGAAGAUGACAGCCAGAGGCCACGUUCUCGCUCCGUCCAGUGUUCCCCGUGUCUCAGUCCUCCUCGGUCAUCAUCUGGCCUGGAAUACGACCCCGAGAGACGAUCCUCAGCCAGCGACACACACCACGACAGAGCUCUGAACAGAUUAGAUCAUGAGGUUCAAGGGCCAGGACAUUAUUACACCCCCCGAGAGGUGUUCUCUGCCCAAAGCAGUCCAUGUAAAACUUUACCCAGAAUGCCGAAGGACCCCCGCAGCUUACCGCAAACCCCCGUCAUGCCCCGUAACGCCUACAGCAGCAGCCAACUCAGGUCGGAAGGUCACAUCCGUGCUUUCCGACACCGCAGCGGCAGUUUGGAGUCUCAGUCACAACUUCUCCACUCUCACUGCGCAAACAAGUCGGUGUUCCCGCUGUCUCCUUCACGCCGUAGCAACAGCACUGAAGUGUUGGAUGACUGCUCGUCCUAUACCAGCAUGUCCAGCAUGGACUACUGCCUCCCCUGCUCGGCCACUCCUCCCUACCACACACUGGACUCGCAAUCCCACGACUACCGGCUCCACCGCAAAGUGGAGAUCUACGGCAAUACGGGGAGCAUGCCCAACUUGGUCCCUCAAAACUCCAGCUGUUACGGCUACCAGCAGAAUCACUACGGACUGACUGCCUACUAUGUGGCUGGGUAUCCCGGUUUCGAAUAUGAGCCUUGUUCUAACGGAGCUUACGUUUACGAGAGCGAACUCGAGGGUCACUAUAAUAUCAACCCCACUUACUCAGCACAUGGUUACCAGGGCCGUACUCGCAACAAGCAUUAUGGAAUAGAGGGGUCGGAUAAUUUGUCACAAAAUCCAUACGCAACUGUGAGACCCCCUAGAGGCAGGCAGGGACCACUGAAUGAGGUGUUGACCAAGAACAUGUACAAGGCAUUGGUGGCAGAGCAUUUGAAGGGAUGGUACAAUCGCAGCGCUGGGCACAGGGACCCAGGUGCCUAUCAGCUGGUGUACACCUACAAACAUGACCGAGGUUCCCAGCACAGCCUAGGCUACCAGACGCUGCCCGCACCAUUCAGCCACUCCAGCCGAACUAACUCAUUCUCCUCAGUGUCAUCUACUGCCAGCGGAGGGGGAAACUGGCAGAAUCAUUUGGCAGUGGGCCUGACUGAUGGUGAAUUGGCAGAUGUUCCCCUGAGCACUGGGGCUUACAGUCCUUCUUACAGUCGCAGCCCUACACACAACAGGUUCCCAACAGAAAGUGCCGCCUCUCACUCACCAGAGCCGGCAGAGGUGUUCGGUGCCAUGGCCAGCUGUUCCGACGCAGACCAUUAAAGAGCGCAUGAGGACAGAGCACACGAUGAUACCGCAGCAACACAACUGCUGUAUUUCCCAACUUCUGGAGGACCAAAAGACAUAUUGGCACAACAGAAAGUAGAAAGGAAACAGAAGCACCUUACCGACAGAUGUGGACAACAUGGACCUAAUUCUCUGGUGCCUUGGAAUGAGAUGUCUUUCAGUUCCAGAGUGACAGGAGAAGCCCUGUGGCCAUGCUAGUGGACAUCUAGCUGAACAAAUGACUGAACAAAAGCCCAGAACUGUCAGAGCAUCAGUGUUUAUUUGCGUUAAUACUGUGGCGAGCACAGAGAAAAAUAAGCCAACCCAAUGAGAAGUGCACACAUAUAGUGAAUGUUAUUUCAUAUUAGAGUUUCUAAGGAGAUGAAGAAACUAGCCAUAUCACAUGACCUUUUUUAUGUUGCCAUACACAGAACAGUUGAGAUAGAACUUUAAAACACUGCGAUAAAAUAAUGUAAAUAUUAUUAUGAAUGAGUGGCUGUUUUUAAAUUGUUUUUCUUAUUUUUAAUUUAUUGAGUUUUCCAUGCUUGUAGAAGUGCAUAAUAUGUGAGACAAGUGAGUCGUUGAUGCUGUAUAUACUUUGUCCUGCACAAAUUCUGUUAGAACAGCACUUGAUUGAAGUGAAGCUUGGCAAGACUGCCGAUACAAGACCCUGGAAAAUCCAGACUUUGGUUGUUCUGCUUUAAGAAAAUAAGAUGUUUUCUGUUUUUACUACAGAACACUGUAAGAAUGUUGUCAACGUUCUUAAAGGAAUGUUCCGGUUCAACACAAGUUAAGCUCAUGUAAAGCAAGCUGUCGAUUACCACACAGAAUCAUUCGCUCGUUCCUUGAACAUACAAGCGAACAUACAGACCUAACUUAAAUUUACUACAGUAAUGCACUUACAGUGGAUGUCUAGGCAAACAUUACAGAGGAAAUGUAAAGCUUGUACUUAAAGCACUUAUAUUAAUUCUUCCUUUCAAAAAUGUGUUAUAUGAACUGUAAAGUUGUAAUGAAAUAAAAUAAAAUAGAAACAGAAUAUGAAAAACUAAAUGAAAAGAAAAUGCGAAAUGUUGCCUAGACAACUAACUAAAAUCAUUUUAAGUUGGAGCACUAAAAUAAAUAAAAACUAAAACAGAAAUAAAAAUAAAUUAAACCUAUAUAGUAAAAAAAAAUAAAGCACAUAAUUACAAAAAAUGAAAUGAAAAUAAAAAAUGAAAAUGUAUAUAUAAAUAAAAGCCACUUCAAAACAUGAAAACAAUAAUAGUGCAUAAAUAAUAAUAAUAAUAAUAAUAAUAAACACUGGUUUGGAGUUGAAUAUAACUUUUCACAGAUAAGUGUUUUUUUUUCCCCCACUAGUUUUGUGUUGAUGUAAUAUUUUUGUAUAAGUUUUCUGGAAAUACUUUCAAACUUUAAAAAAAAACUUUUAUACAACAUAUACACCAUUGUGAGUGCAUUACUGUAUUUUUUUUUUUUUUUUUUACUGUGGGCGAGACCUUUUUCUUUUAUAUGUCAAAGAUCAAACUUAUAAAAGCUUGCUUCUACUACAGAAUUAAAAAAAAUUAAAAGAUAAUUGCAACUUUUUUUCUCACAAUUCUGAGUUUAUAUCAUGCAAUUCUGAGAAAAGAAGUCAGAAUUGCGAGAUAAAAUGUCGCAAUUACCUUUUUUAUUCAUUCGCAGAAUCAUGCUUGCAUACAAACUUAACUUGCACUGAGCCUGAAACAUUCCUUUUAGCCUCAUUAACAAAGCGCCCAUGUGCCAUGCUGGAUACACAGACCUCCUGCUCUGAAUGUGUCAAUCUGAUGUACAGAUUGUUAUUUCCUGUAUUGUCUGUAUUUGUGGCUUAGAAGCAUGUGAUGUACAAGCACACGUUUUAGAAAGUUAUUUGGUGUUUUUUGAACUCGAUGGUUUGAAUGUGAUUAAUGACCUUUGACCCAGCACACCUUUCAUUGGAAACUAUUCAUUCCUUGAAUUAGUCUCUCAUUUUCCAACAGGAUGUGAAUAAAAAAAAGAAAGAAAAAAAGAGGUGUAUUCAAUUGUUAUGACUUUUUACAUUACAGUGUCAUGUAUGACGCCCUCUCAGGUUGUGUUGCUGGCAACACUGACACUAAGAGUCGAUUGAUUCAUAAAGAAAAGAGCUGACAGGAAUGUCUUUUGUGCUGCAACUCCCUCGAGGACAGGGAGGAAACUGAAUGAACGUGUAACACAGGCAUUUCCUACUUGUCUUUGCUUUGCUUCCAAGAAUGCUUAAUCCACUUUCUUAUUCAUUCUAGUUUAAGCAAAACAACUAACAAGACUUCACUUGUUACUUAUGCUGCCAUGCCGACCAUAUAUUUGUAUGUAGCAGGUUCAUAUGCUGCAUGACUGGUAAUAUAAUUAUCUCAACAGUCUUUUUGGUAGAACAGUCUUGCCCUGACAAGAAUCUUUCCCAUGUUAGCUCUUGGAACACUUCACCUGUGUUGUGGUACAAAACCCAACUUAUGCAGUAAAUGCUUCCCAUGCAGAGCAGCUAUUUCACUGAGUAAUAAAACUAAUCACAGCCUUACCACAAAAAUCCAAGACAUGCAGUCCGAGAUGCAGUGCAAUUAAAAUGCACUGGAAUACCAAGAAAGAGGCUGUUAUGAUUAAAAAUAAAUACAAUUUAUAUGUAUAUGUGCGUGUUCGAAAGUUUGGGAUCGGUAAGAUUUCUUAAUGUUUUUAAAAGAAGUCUUAUAUAUGAUCAGCAAGGCUGCAUUUGUGAUCAAGAACAGUAAUAUUAUGAAUUAUUUUUUACAAUUUAAAAUAGCUGGUUUCUCUUUAUAUACAUUUUAAAUUAUAAUUUAUUCAUGUGAUGGUAAAGCUGAAUUUUUAGCAGCAUUAAUCCUGUCACAUGAUCCUUAAGAAAUCUUUAUAAUAUGCUUAUUUGCUGCUCAUUUCUGAUUAUUAUCAAUGUUGAAAACAGUUUCUGUGGAAACUAACAUUUUUUUCAGGAUUCUUUGCUGAAUAGAAAGUUAAAAAGAACAGCAUUUAUUUGAAAUUGAAAUCUUUUGUAACAUUAGAAAUGUCUUUACUGUCACUUUUUCAGCAAAAAUGCAUUAAAUUGGUCAAAAGUAUUAAUUUCUCUCCAAAAAAAACAAACAAAAAACAAACAAACAAAAAAACUGACGUCAUAUAGGAAGCUGUAUUGUGCAAAUGCAUUCUUUCAACACAUAUUGGGUUGUAGAGAACAAAUUCACUCAAUACAAACGUCAUUGAAUCUCAGGAAGAAAUGUCUCACAAAGUCAUAUUUCAGAGCAAAAUUAAAAAAAAAAAAAAAAAGCCUCUUUUCCCCAAAUUACAGUAAAAAGGAUAAUUUUUUUCCACACUAUGUUAAUAACAACAUGCUGAACUGGAAUGAAAAUGUCACAAUACAACAUAAAAAAAUCGUAAUGGUCCUAAAAAUAAGCUAUAUUUCUUUUUGUAUAAUUAAUAGUGCUGCCAAACGAUUAUUCGCAAUUAAUCGCAUCCAAAAUAAAGGUUUGUUUACAUAAUAUACGUGUGUGUACUGUGUAUUUUUAUUACGUAUAUAUAAAUACACACAAGCAUGUAUGUAUUUAACAAAAAUAUAUUAUAUAAAAUAUUUAUAUUUAUAUAUACACAUAUAUAUAUAUAUAUAUAUAUAUAUAUAUAUACACACACACACACGUAAAUAUUUCUUAAAUAUAUACAUUUAUAAUAAAUAUACACUGUACACACACAUAUAUUAUGUGUAAACAAACGUUUAUUUUGGAUGCGAUUAAUCUCGAUUAAUCAUUUGACAGCACUAAUAAUUAAAUAGAAUUUAGUAAAUUAUCUUCUGAUUUGGAUUUGUGGUGAAAUAAGACCCAGACGUGUUUCUGACAGGUUUUGUGAGAUUCUCUUACUGCAUCAAGGAGUCAAUAUAUAAAAAAAAUUCUGCUUUCAAAACAUGUCACAUUAUCAAUAUUCAUAUGUUAAGUUCUAUAUUCACAUAAAAUAAUUCUUAUUAGGAACUAUUUUCUAAAUCAUAUUUAUCAAACUAUGUAAAUCAUAUUGUUUUUACCCUUUUCUGAUAACAUUUAAGCAAAAUGAGUAUUUGAAAAUCAUAUAAAUGAUUUUGCAUGUAUGAAUAAACAAACAAAAAAAAGAAAACAUAACGGCACUUAGUGCUAAUAAGGACAUAUACUCACAAACUCACUCUGGCCACCUUAAAUUCACAUUUAAAAACUGUAUACCAGCUUAUAUAAUCUUAUACAACUUAUAAAUCAUAUGAUAUAUAUAUACUGCAAAUUAGGUUAAUAAAAAUUGAUAAAGUAAACCAUAAUCAUCUGCUGUGCCUUUUCUUGAAGAUAAUCACUAAAGAGUAAUCUACUGUGCAAGUCUUCACAGACACCUGCUGUCUGUCAUUUCUGCAUAGACUGUCAUGUCAUACGAGACAUGCAAAAUGCAUAGCACACUUACUGGCAAAUCAGCAAAGCUUCUGCUUAGAGCCACUGGCUGUUCAUCAAAGAAUAUAUAAAAGGGACAAAAAGAUGUAUUAAAAGUCAAAAGAAACUACAAGAAAUAGUUUCUGAAUUAUCCCAGUUUUCCAUCCUGACAUCAUUUUCUCAGCUUCCCAGAAUUACACUUUUUUUUUUUUUUUUUUUU